AUGUCUGAUCGUAAACUUCAGCCUAUCUAUGGCGAGUACAAUAAUUGUUCCUUCAUGGAUACUCACUUACUAAAAAUGAAUGCAGAGGCACUGGAUUCGGCAACCCCAAAAUUAGCUCUUCAAUUGUGUAACAAGGCACUCAAAAAACAACCAGAUUCAGCUCUCAUCAAGUCCUUGAAGGCUUUGGCUCUCAUUCGAGCUGGUAAACUCGAAGAAUGCAUUGCCCUGGCGGACCAGUUGGUUGCAGCCAAGCCCGUUGACGAAAACGUUCUAAGUACCUUGGCGCAUGUACUGAGGGCUUUGGAUCGGCCUCAGGACGUGGUAAACUUGUAUGAUGAUGCGUACAAGCAACAUCCAAAUAACGAGGAAUUGGGAUGUCAAGCAUUUAUUGCCAUGGCCAAAAUGGGAUCAUGGAGAACAGCACAACAGACGGCACUUCGCCUCAACCGUACAUUCCCGACAUCGGUCCCAGAGAGUCGAUACGCCUUCUGGGCAAUCUCAUGCAUGAUGAUGCAAGCACGUGCACCCGAUACUCCCCGCACAAUGAAACCAACGUUGCUAGGUUUAGCCUUGCGAAUGAUCGAGGCGUUGCCGAAACCCGGUGCUGCCGCAACUCCGGACAAAGUUUGGCUACACAUGUCGGUUCUGAUUGACCUAGGCAAACUGGAAAAGGAAGAUGGAGCGAAUGAUUCGGAGAAAGGCAUCAACCGCUUCAACAAAGCCCUGGAACUUAUAGUACAGUCCCAACAGGUUGUGCAGAGCAGUCUUGUCUGCGAGGAGCUUCGGAAAGAAGCUAUGAUGCUCGCAGAACGCUAUGUGGAAGAACGGGAAAUUUGCAAGACUAGACUUGAAGCCAAUGACCGAAACUACAUUCAGUUUGGUGGUCUCAUUGAAACAACACUAGCGAUUAUCAAAAAACAACAAGCUGGUGAAACACCGAUCCCUGCGCCACCUGCGGAAGGUGAAACCGAACCAAAGCCGGUCCCCGGUUCCGAAGAGUUAUACGCCGAGACAGUUGACAUCUUCACCAAGAUCUCACAAAAGGAUGGAGCUGACGAGCGUGCUGCGCCUUUGGCUUUGAUUCAGUUCGAAGUGGAUAGGAGAAAGACGGAUAUUAAACUAGACUCUGUUGCACCUGACAACCUCUACCUUCUACUCACAAAAUACUUUGAGAAAAUCGGAAGCAAGGCGUGCUGCUACGACGACCUUGCCGAUGCAAUUGCAAGUUUGCCGGAGGACAGUUCGGAGUUGAGCAAGUGGAUCAAGUUUUUGGAAGACCAGACUGAAGACCUUGCUAGCGUCAACGGGUUGAGGAGAGCAGUUAAUGUCGCCAAAAUGCUACGUACUGGGAAACUAACCGUAGAGAAAAUCUCGCCAGAGGAUGAAGCGACAUCUGCACGCAAGUAUCUCAAAGCCUAUCUGGACGCGGCUCCAAUCUGCGAAAAUUAUCCGGAAACUGAACAGCAACCUCGUGAUGACCUCGCAAUCCUGGCGGCAUCCGCGAUGGUUUCCGCAUACAGCGGCUCAGGGAAAACAUCUUACCUAACCCAGGCUGUUGUUAUUCUCGAAUAUGCUCUGUCAAAGUCCUUACAACGCUCGCUUCCGUAUUUUGCUCGUGCUCCUACCCUGGCUCAUGAGCAUUACAAGGGAUUACGUAUCAAACAAACUCAACAUGAUACCCUGUCGCACCUCGUGUUAGCCCGUGCAUCAACUUUUUGCAUGGCUGGUGACAGUGAACUCGUUGGCGAAUGCAUCGAAAGCAGCCAGAUCUAUACCGCCAAUGUUCAGGAAACCCCGGAACUGGUGGCGCGUGCAUUCGUGGGAGAAAAGUUUGCUCAGGUUCCAAAUUUUGUUGAAUUUGAGGAGAAGCUAGAAUGUUCUUUGCAGCGUGAUUUGACAAAGAUGGAACACACCAGGAUGCGGCUUGGAUUUGAGGCACAAGCCGUCGAAAGCCUGGUGCUUGAGCUUCAGGAUUUACAGUUAACCAUUGUUAGAGCCCAUCACGAUAACCGCGAUAUGAGCGUAAUUCCCAACUACCAACCUCGAGGCCAAAAUAUAGUUGACCAAACUUCCAUGGGACCGUCCCCUGGCCUCCCUUGGCUCAACGUAUUCCUUCAAAUCUAUAUCCGCGCAUUGGAAGACUCGCUCGGUCCAUCUCAUUUCACUGGGCGCGAAUAUAGUUUCGAUGACGAGUCUCAGCUGACGCCACUGGAAGUCGAGUUCCGAAAGUUUACGGACAACCUGAACGAAUGGCUCGUCAUUCGGGAGCUUCCCAAGACUGAAAAGGCCACUCCAGAAAAUGGAGAUAAUACCAACGGAGGCUCUGAAACACCCAAAGCGCUGCCGAUGUGCGCGCAUGUACCCGUCCGUAUUGCUCUCCACACGUGUACCGAUAAACAUUGGUCAGGGUUAUACAAGAAGUUUGACGAAAUCUCAAAAGACGAAACAAAACUUCCCUGGGAGUCCUUGCAUAUCGCAGGGUUGGCCCAAGAGGCGCUGGUCUUGUUCGAGAUUCAGAGCGCACAAUUCAAGGUUCCUACUACUGGCAAGGCGAAAAAGGAACCGGUUGCUCAAGGAAUCAAGGGCAUUCGGCCACGAGCGAGCAAAGCACUAAAAGAUCUGGCAGCGGCCAUGGUUGCGUUUGGGGAGGAGGCGGGCUCAGAAGCCAAGCAGAAAUCGUUUGUGGAAGACUGCAAGGAUCUCGAAGAGUUUACCGGGGCCAAAGCGCAAACACUAGUGAACAACAUAGCCAAACGCGUUGCCGGAGCCCGCAAGAGCGUAUUCGAAGGGUGGGGCAAGGGAAUGCUCCGUUCUUUGAUCUAA